AAUAGGAAACGGUGUUGAGGCAGCACAGAUCACAUGAUCCCUUCUCCUCUAGACUGCUUGCAGUUGGGUAUUAAAAUGUUUUCAGUACCAUCAACCAUUGUGUUGUUACAUAUUUGAGAUGAAACAUCUAUGUUGAGCUUUUUUAACGUUCUACACCGUCGCAGUAACAAGCGGGACCGACGGCUCUCUCUCUCUGUGUCUCUCGGUGAACCUUGUUUCAGCUUCUUCUUGUUGUUGUUGUUGUCGGGGUGUUGUGUCAAAAAGUGCAGCGCUGCCGUGAGCAAAACAAGCUAACGUUAGUCAGGUCGGACGGACGGACGGCGGCGAGGCCCCAACCGGGACGGGAACACGGGGGAAACCAUGGCCAACAUCGCAGUUCAGAGGAUAAAACGAGAAUUUAAGGAGGUGAUCAAAAGCGAAGAGGUCAGUCCUGACAUGUGUGGUUUAUCGCUAAAGACUCACUUUUCUCUUUCUUCAAGCAGGAGGGUGAAUGUGGAUGACGCGUCGCUGCCUCAGCUGUCAGCUGCUAGCUUUAGCUAACUCUAUCAGACACGGCAGAGCAGCGAGCUUUACAGACCACAGCUUCAACUGACUUUUAUGAAACCAGAGCGACCAAAGUGAAGGCAGGGAUGUUAAUGUUGUCAAGAAGCAGUUUAUCGUGUUAUGGGAGGGUUUCAGGAAACAAUUGAGGGUCGCAGUGCUAAUGUAGCUUACCUGCUUGUGAUGCAAUCUAUGGUAACCAAGCUAGCUGUGUUAGCAAAGAGUGAUCAGCUUGUAUUACUUAAUAUCUCGCCCAUCAAUUCUCUAUACUCAUCUCAGCUCUUUUCAGACGGCCUGUUUUAUGUAGACAUAGUGUGGGAAACAAGUUGAGGUCAACUUUUGGCUCAUGCUGCGGUGGGGGUAUCAACUUGUGCUGCAUAGACAGGUUUGAGUUUGACACUUUGUAGUCUGCCAGUCUUCUUCAUCAAAACGCCUCUUUGCCUUUUUCACUUCUGCAGACAAGCAAAAACCAGAUCACAGUGGAUCUGGUGGACGAGAACUUCACAGAACUUAAAGGGGAGAUAGCAGGGCCACCUGACACACCAUAUGAAGGUGAGGAAAUGCUGCCUUAACCUUCAGACAUGUCUGCCCACUGAACUAUAGAAGCACCUUUGCAAUCUGGUGUAACUCAAUACAACACCAGCUCUACCAUAACUCUUUCCAUUAGGAAGCUGGUGGUGUACUGGGGUGCAUUAUAUUGACAAUUAAGUAGAAUAUUUGGACUGCCUUUCAUUCAACAGACUCAGGGAUAGCUUCUUCCCGAGAGCUAUCACUGCAGUCAACAACAACAAAUCCAGUUGAACCUGCCCCCCUCAACCAACAUUUAUACUGAUCAUAUUGAUCACAGUGCAAUCAAUGAAUCAUUUAUCUGUGCAAUAAAACUGGGCUUCACUGUGCAAUAAUCGGGUUUUCAUAUCAUAUCCUGUAUAUGUUACUAUAUAUAUCUGCAUAUGUUACUGCCUCUUACAUUUCUUAUCCUUGUGUUUUUAGUGGUUUUUAUUUAAAUUGUUUUGCACCAAAGGGAGCGGUGCUCAAAUCUCGUUGUGCUGUGUACAGUGACAAUAGAGGCGAUUCUGAUUCUGAUUAUAACACACUCUAUUUCACAACCACCCUCCGAUUACGCCUUAAACGAUAAAAACAAAAUAAGCACAGUGAUAACCUGUCUAAACAUGUCAGUAAUAACUGAAGAUUUGUGUAAGAGCUGUUGGGUUGAGUUAGAUUGCCCAGGGUCUCAGAAUACCAAGGCUGGUUUUGAUUGAUUGAUUGUUUAUUUUGAACAUAUAUAUAAAAAUAUAUAAUAAUAAUAAUAAUAAUAAUAAAGGAAAUAAUACAACAACAAAUGACAAAAAGUUAUUAAUGUUCAAAAAGGAGUGGGAAGAAGUCAAGACUUAUCUAGUUCCACCACUUCUCCUACACUAAUGGUUUAAAUAUAUAUCAUAAUAUUGUAUAAUAAUGUUAAUCAUCACAAUAAGCAAUAAAUAGCUAUAAAAAUAAUCACCACAGUGAAUAAAACAAAACAAUAAUGAUAAUAGUACCUAUGAUUGUACAUCCCUGUAGCCUGUAAAAACAUAUUCUUUAUAUUUUCAGUGAACAUUUCAGUGAACGCUUUACACAGUGAACAUUGUAACACAAUUGUUUUGUGUGUUGUUGAUAUUGAGUCAGGGAACACAACUGCGAGAAGGUUCUACAAGCUGAUUAUUUCAUCAGUCUUUACUUUCGUUUUCAUUUUCUUAAGAAAAAUUGAACCAGUCACCUUUAUGUUGCAUGCUUGAUAGUUAUACAUCUGUUUUUUUUUUCCCAGGAGGUAAAUAUCAACUAGAAAUUAAAAUUCCAGAGACGUAUCCAUUCAAUCCACCCAAGGUAGGCAUCCAUAACUGUUAACAUAUCUAUUCUCUAAUGAACAUUUGCUUCAGAAUUGUUUUUUUUCAUGCCUGUGAUUGUCUUUGUUUUCAUUAAAUCUCUCAGGUGCGGUUUAUCACAAAGAUUUGGCAUCCCAACAUCAGUUCAGUCACAGGUGCAAUAUGUCUGGACAUUCUCAAAGACCAGUGGUGAGUGAAUGAGUGCUAGCAUUCUUUACAUUCUUUGUCCACCACACAUUCACUGUAAAAUACCGGUACUUUCCCUGCCCUACAAGGCUUCUUCUGCCAAAGACAAACCUGUUUCUAAGUUGCUGUUGUCAUUCACACCUCUGGCAACGAAACAGUUUUCUUAUCUGUUAUAUAAACCUAAUGUCUGUUCUUGUAGCUUGUGUGUAUAAACCUAAACUCGUAAUUGUCCUUAUGGGCUGAAACAGUACAAAUAUUAGUGUUACUAACUAAAUCUGUUGAUGAUAUAGAUUAGCUAAUAUUUUACUGUCUUGCCUCAGUCAUCUGUGGCAAGUUGAAGAGUUCUCAUCUGAUCUUUUGUGUUGCAUUUGUGUGUGUGAGCAUGUGAGUGCUAUAUGUGUUAAAUGGGGGUUGGAAGGGUAGGUGGGGUUUGGUAUUUGUAUUUGUAUUUAUUUUGUUUUAUUGUUUUUAAUAUCCUGCUUGAAUGGAUAUCACUUUGUGCUACAUACUAUUUAUUAAAAACGCUUUUGAUUGAUUGAUUGAUUGAUUAACCUGUCUUCUUCAAAACAGGGAUUUCUGUGUUUAGGCACAUUUAAAUUAAAGGUGUUUAAAGUAAACACCACACUGUUAUAUCAGGUAUAGAACAUAUUCCUCCAUCUCUGUAAAACACAACUACAACACAUCUGUAUGAGCCCAUGAGGACAGGACUCUACCUUGGUGCUUCACUAAACGGCCCCCUGUAUAUUCUUUCAGGGCGGCAGCUAUGACACUGAGGACGGUCCUCCUGUCAUUACAAGCUUUAUUGGCAGCUGCAGAGCCAGAUGAUCCACAGGAUGCAGUGGUAGCCAAUCAGGUUGGUGUGCAUUUGCAUUAUAAUUUAAAUUUACUUAAUUAAUUCACUGCAGAUAUGUAUUUAUAAUUUUACCAGCAGAGCUUUUUAGACUACGCUUGUGAUACUGUAUAUGUUCUGAACCAAGCUAUCUAUGACUUGAGGAAUGAACUGGGGUUUGAAAACAAUGAGAUCAUAACUUUUCAUUUAAUUUUUUAAAUUUCUAAACUACUUAUGGAGAAAACUAUUAAUUGAUUAACCUUCACAAAUAAGUUGUAGCCUGUUGUGUAAAGCAAGGAAUUCCCCUCCUUCAGUUUUCUUUGCUUCCUGACUUUUUUUGUCUGGACAAUGGCAGUAGGAUGUGGGGAGACUUAACAUUGCUGUGUCAGGAAAUACAUCUCACAGAAGCACCUCUGUGAGCAUCCAAAGUGUGCAUCAGAACUGUAGAAAUUAGUGGCCAUAAAGGAGUUUAACAUAUAAGUGCACUCCUGGGGGUCCUGAUAUGUUCACUGUAUGUUUGACUCACUUGUGAACUACCUUUAGCUGUCACCUCCAAAACCCUCAUACAGGUGUUGCCAGUCUUUUUUUUUUUUUUUUUAGCUUCACAUUGUUCAUAGUUGCAUGUGAAGCAAUAAUCGUUGCAGUGCUAGCAAAGACAUGUUGUAAAAUUUUAUGCGUAGGCAGUACGCGCGGCUGUUUGCCCUACUCUACAGGGCACAUUUUAACACCUACAUACUAUCAAUAACUCACAGUGUAGUAACAGUCAUCUGUCGCUGAACAGCCCACAGCCCGAUGAAACACACUCAAAGGACUAGAAAAAGGUUAGAUAAGAUUAAACGAGUGAUGUUUUUUUGUGUUUUAAAUAACCUCUUUUAAAACGAGGUCUUUAAAAUCGAGAACUUAAAAUAAAACUAUGAUGUCUUUGUGUGGAAAACAAUUUUAAUGCUUGUAGGUCACGAUGGAAAAUCUACACCUGCACUACAUUUCAAAAAUGCCAACUCGAGAAACAAAAAGCUGAGCGUAAGUCUGGCAGGCUUUAGCUCUUCUGUUUCUUUCGCUCUGAAUGUUACAGCAGCCACAUAUACAAAGUGAUGUACGUACAGUGAGUGGACUACUUUUCUGCAGGUGCUUAUGUACUGGGGUAACUAAACAAACACAUUGUGUAUUAUGCUGACUAACCUUAAAAAUCUAAUUUGUUCCUCACACAGUACAAGCAGAAUCCAGAGAUGUUCAAACAGACGGCGAGGCUCUGGUCUCAUGUUUACGCAGGCGCUCCUGUCUCAAGUCCAGAGUACACACGUAAAAUAGACAAACUCUGUGCCAUGGGCUUUGAAAAAGUAAGAAUCUUUUGACUUUGUCCUCCACUGUUCUGCACUUUACUGUUGAAUUUUGAUGAAAAUGACAUUUUUGUUCUGUCUCUUACCAGAAUGCAGUAAUAGUGGCAUUGUCGUCGAAAUCCUGGGACGUGGAGACAGCGACAGAGCUACUGCUCAGUAACUGAUUCUUGACAUGUAUUCAUCUUCCUUUUGAUCCUUAUUCCCCUUUGCAUACACACACACAAACACACUCUCUCCCCUCCAAAUUUCCAGCAAUUUCAAUUCAUCUUCACCCUGUUGCCCCCUCUGUCACACGGUGGAGUCCUCACCUCCACAGUAGCCCCCUCCCUCAUCCCCUCAGUGUGUCAUCUAUCCCACAUUCUCAUCAUCUCUGCUGUACCACACUCCAAUCAGCCGCUCUGUGAGGUCUUAUCUGUGGUUUUCUUAGGUUCAUUCAACAUCCCACUCUGCUACAAUCACAACUGUCACACAUCUCGCCCCCUUUGAAGCAGAUGCCAGACUUAAGACCCUGCCCAAGCCCACCAGCCUCCCAGCUUUUAGGCUGUGCCCAAGAAGUUGCUGUCAGCAGCUUAUACUUGCCUAUGCAGUUCAUUUACUUUUCAUUUGUGAAAACCUUUAGUAGCAGAGAGAAGACGUUUUUGCAGGCUGUUUUGGCCUUGAUCAUGAUUUAAGCACACUGUUGGGGUGGUUUUCUAAAUAGGGAUUGAGCCAAGUCCUGUUGACAUAUGGGAUUUUUAAGACUUAAAUUUAGGAUGACGUGUAAAAUGUUUUCCUACAUUGUCAAAAACAAACACUACAAAGCUGAGCAAUACAAAAUCAGCCGAAAAGAAAAGCUUUUUGUGAUAGCAUCACUACGAUUUUCAUGGCACAAAAGAGGGUGUGUAAUGAAAUCAGAUUUGGUAAAACUAAACUAAAUUUUAUUCAGGCACAGGAUGGGAUGUUGCUUAUUUACUGCUCUGUAAACCAGUUCAUUGAGUGUCCCUGAAAUUUUCACACAGUAGCAUUACUUAUUUUCAGCCACUUUUUGCCCCCUUUGAACUUUCUUAUGAAAACAAACCUCUUGCAGCAAACUCCAGCACCCAUUCCCACGCCUGCCCUCGACACGGCGUACUUCACCCAUCUCCUCCUCAUAUUCCUAUUCCAUCGUUUUUAGGCACAUUUGGAUUCUUGUUUUUAAACAGAGAAACAAAAACCAUAUUCAUCAGUAACACAGAUUGUCAUAAGUCUGGGUGGAAAAGUUCAAAACGAGUACGAAAGGUACUGCAGCAUCUUAACGACGCCAAUGGAUAAAUAUGUCAAAAUGAAUCAUCUGUAAAUAAAGAUAUUAAAGUCUGUGUAAAUUAAAACACUCUGCUCGUGUGA